GCCUCAGCGGGAUCCCCUGAGCCUUAUCGGGACUCACCGACCCCCCCCGGGUCUCAUCGGGACCCCCGCGGCCCUCCCUGGGCCUGUUCUGUCCCCGCCCCGGGCCUUACCGGGACCCCUCACGGCCCCCCGGGCCCGUCCUGUCACCGGCCGGGUCCGCCCGGGCCUCAUCGGGACCCCCGGGCCUGUCCUGCCCUCCCCGGGCCUUACCGGGACCCCCAGCUCCCCCGGGCCUUCUCAGCCCCCCCAUUCCGGGCCGCAUCCCUCAUCCCCCGCGCAGACCCCCCCGCGUGGAGCCCCUCGGGGGGAUGGGGGUCACGGGGGGGGCAGCGUGUCCAGCACCCCCGGUCCGCGGGGCUCCCCCAGACCGAUGCCUGGGAAAACAGCCCUCGAUGCCGGGUCCGGAGGUGCUGAAUGGGUUUGGGGGGGCCGGGCGUGCUGGGGACCCCCAGGAUCUGGUGAUCGCCCCCCAAAAGUGCCGGGGGGGUGCUGGGGCUUGUGGGUGUUGUGGGGUCCCCUGGGGACACGGAGGGGGUGACGCUGCUGUUGUUAUUGUAGGGUGACCUGCUCGGGGGGGGUCCGGGGGAGGCCCCAAACUGGGUCUGGAGGGUUCUGGGGGCCACCUGUGACCCCCCCUUGUCCCCACCGUGUCCCCCCAGCCCCGGGCUCGUGGCUCUGCUGAUCCAGCGCGCCUCCGCUCGUGUCCCCCAUGGGCUCACCAGUGUCGUUCGUGCUGUCGAGGAUGUCGGGGUGCGGGGGCCCCGCCAAGAGCCGGGUGACGGUGCCGAAGCGCGUGUGGGAGUUCGUGACGCGGGAGCGCGCGGCGCGCCUGGCGCUGCUGGCGCAGGAGGCGCGGGUGAGGAUCCUGGUGGACGGCGAGACCCCCGAGCUUUACGUGCUGCAGCUCUGCGCGACCCCCCCGGGGCCCCCCGGCGGCGCGGGGCUCUGCCCGGCCCGCAAGGCGCUCAAGGCGCUGCUCAAGGAGACGGAGAAGGAGCUGAAGAAGCGCAGCCAGCGGCACGGGGAGGUGUUGGGGGCCCGUCCGGAGCCCCCCGCGGGCGCCGCCGGCCCCCCCGGCGCGGGCCCGGCCCGGGACGAGGAGCCGGAGCGGCAGUGCCCGAUCUGCCUGGGCGAGAUGCGGGGCCCGCGCACGCUGGAGCGCUGCCGGCACUCGUUCUGCGGGGAGUGCAUCGCCCGGGCGCUGCAGGUGCGCUCCGCCUGCCCCGUCUGCGGCCGCUUCUACGGGCAGCUGGUGGGCAACCAGCCCCCCGACGGGCGCAUGCUGGUCACCCGCGACGCCGCGCUGCCCCUGCCCGGCUACGAGGCCUUCGGCACCAUCAUCAUCCAGUACGUCUUCCCGCCCGGCGUGCAGGGGGUGAGUGCGGCACGGGACUGGGGGGUGGGCUCAAAUCCCCUUGGGUGGCCCUGGCCCAGCCCUACGGCCCUUGUGCCCCACUGGGUACCCCGAGUGCCCCAGGUUCAGCCUUGUGCCCCCAAAUCCUGCUGAGUGUCCCCAGCAUCCCUGGGUGCCCCAAAACUGUCAUGGGUGCCCCAACCCAGUCCUGUGUCCCCAGUGUUCCUGGUUGCCCCAAAUGUGCCCCAGAUGUUCCUGGUCCAGCUCUGUGUCCCCAACAGCCCUGGGUGCCCCCAAGUCCUGAUGAGUGCACAUGUCCAUGGUCUGUGGCUCUGGCACCCCUGGGUGUCCCCAAAUCUUGCUGGCUGGCCCUGGCACAGUACUGUGUCCCCAGCACCCUCAAGUCCUGGUGGGUGGCCCUGUGUGUCCCCAAAUACCCCUGACCCAGCUCUGUGCCCCCAGUGCCCCUGGGUGUCCCCAAACCUGCUGGGUGUACCCAGCUUCCCUGGGUUGUCCACACAUCCUGACAGAUGUCCCUGGGUGUCCCCAAAUCCUUUUGGGUGCUGCUGGCACCUCUGGUGUCCCCGAAUGCCCCUGACACAGCCACGUGUCCUUAAUCCCCUGGGUGCUCCCAACACCCCUGGGUGCCUCAAACCCUGCUGGGUA